CCUUUCGGCCACCAUCAUCCUAAUCCGCACAAUCUUGUGUGAGAUGGUUCCCAAACGAGUACAGGACUACAUGUUCUCUAUAUUAUCUGACUCAUUCUCCCGUUACUUCUCCCCUAACUUUACCUUCAUCAUUGAGGAACGAUGGCAGGCAGUGGAUAACGAAACAUUUCGUGCCGUGGAAGCCUACUUGCCUACCAGAGUUGGCCCCGCUACUGAUAGUCUCCUCAUUGGAUCCAAUGACCCUCACAAUCUGGAGCAGAGCAUACCGGUUGAUUGCAAGAUUAUUGAUAAGUUCGAGGGUAUGGAAUUGGAGUGGUCUCUGCGUUCUACAGAAGCCAAGAAGUACUUCCACCGGGAGAGGAGGUACUUCCGGCUAAAGUGCAAGAAGAGUGACCGAGAGAGAAUCAUGAAAAGCUACUUUACUUACAUUGCCGAUAUUGCGAAAACCAUCAUAAGCAAGCGCGAAAACCUCUACAUCAAUACCUAUGAUCAAGAAGCAGGUAUUUGGGACUCCACAGUUUUCAAGCAUCCUGCAACAUUCGAUACUCUUGCAAUGGAGCCAAAGCUCAAGCAGGAAAUUAUCAAAGAUCUCAACGCCUUUGUCGAACGAAGGGACUUCUUCCAAGGAGUAGGAAGAGCAUGGAAACGUGGAUACCUUUUGUAUGGUCCACCAGGAACUGGAAAAUCCUCUUUGGUUGCGGCCAUAGCCAAUUACUUGAGAUACAAUAUAUACGAUCUUCAGCUUCAAAGUGCUCGAAGUGAUGCCGACUUGAGACGUAUACUUACCUCAACCACAAACCGAUCCAUUCUACUUGUUGAAGACAUAGAUUGCAGCACAAAAGCAUCCCGAGAUCGUACAAGGAUUAAAGAUGAACAAGAAGAAGAUAGCGAAGACGAGCAAACCCAUAAGCUUUCUUCAUCUGAUCCCGGGGUAACAUUAUCAGGGUUGCUUAAUUUCAUUGAUGGGUUGUGGUCGAGCUGCGGAGACGAAAGGAUCAUCAUCUUCACGACGAAUCACAAAGAGAAGUUGGAUCCGGCUCUAUUACGACCGGGACGGAUGGAUGUUCACGUCUACAUGGGUUACUGCACUCCAGCAGGAUUCAGAAAGCUUGCAGACGCAUACUUGGGAAUUAAUGAUCACUGCCUGUUUGCCACCAUUGAAAAUCUUCUUGAAGAUGCAUCCGUUACUCCGGCGGAAGUAGCGCAGCACCUCAUGAAAAGUGACCAGCCUCAAGCCAUAUUAGAGAGUUUCGUUGAAUUUCUUAAAACGAAAAAGAAUGAAACUGAAGAAGGAAAAUAAAAAGGCAAAAUCCCGCGUUAGGCUUUCGAAUUUACUUCAAAUUCGUAAUUAAGUAUUUAAAUUUUUAUUAAAAUAAAUAAGUUUUUAAAUUUAUCAAUUUAAGCAAUUUAACUCUCUUCCUUAUAAUAGACUUAAUGUCCUAUUUAUGUUUUAUUUAUGUAGACAAAGGUAAUACUUGUCACAUAAAUGAUAACAUAUCAAUAAGGACAAACAGAUUAAGUCUAAUAUAAAAAGGAAAAGUUAAAUUAUUUAAAUUGUUAACUUUUUAACUUAUUUAUUUUAAUAAAGUUUUAAAAACUUAAUCAAAAAUUGAAAUUAACUCGGAGGCUUAACGCAGGGUUUAAACUUAAGAUUUUACCAAAUAAAAACGUAGGUGUCUACCUACUACCUUGGGGUCGUGGAAUUGCUUGCUGUGUAAGAGGUUUGGUCCUCGGAGCACAUGAUUUUUUUGGUGAUUCGCAAUAAUCGGUCUUCGGCCACAUCAUACUUAAAAUAAAACAAGUAAACAGUGAUCAAGUCAGGCGCUGAGGCCGCGAGUCGGGUGCAGGAGUUUUGUAUGAGUUUUUUUCUACUAAAAUCUCAAUAAUUGUUUUGUGCGGUUUGAUAGCUAUUUAAGUAAAACCAUAUCAUUUUCAAUAAAAUGUAUUAUUGGUU